AUGGCUUGCACUGGUAAUAAUCUACUGGGGUUGAAAGAUUUCCCCAAAGGUCUUCGAGUCCUCCUCCUCGUCGAUGACAAGGAUUCUGCCCUCAAGAUGACAUCAAAGCUCGAGGAAAUGGAAUACGUAGUUUUCACUUUCUGCAAUGAGAGAGAAGCGUUGUCAGCAAUUGCGAACAAAACUGAGAGCUUCCAUGUUGCUAUCGUAGAGGUAAGUUCCAGCAACAAGGAUGGGGUAUAUAAAUUUCUUGAGAAUUCCAGAGACUUGCCCACCAUAACAACUUCAAACAUCCAGUGUCUCAGCACCAUGAUGAGAUGUAUUUCGCUUGGCGCUGUUGAGUUCCUUCACAGACCUCUGUCGGAUGAAAAACUCAGGAAUAUUUGGCAGCAUGUAGUUCAUAAGGCAUUCAACGCAGGAGGAAAAAAUGUCUCUGAUUCACUGAAGCCUGUCAAAGAUUCUGUCGUUUCCAUGCUGCAGCGCCAAACAGACAAGGAUGAACCGGAUCAACUAACAUCCAUUGACACACAGCACUCAACUCCUGUGCUAGAGACAAAGCAGGAAGCAUCAUCAAGCAGUGACAAAUACCAAGCUCCUUCGACCCCACAGCUGAAACAUGGAAUGAGGUCCCUGGAUGAUGGUGAUUGUCUGGAUCCAACUACCUUAUCAGUAGAAGGGGAAAGUGGGGAACAAGAUGAGGAAUCCAAAUCUGUCGACACAACUUGUUGCAAUUCAGUUGCUGAAACAGCAAAGGAAAUAAUCCAACUUCAACCAUUGGGACAGGCUGCCAUUAAGGAGGAGCAUGAAUCAGCUGAUACUAUUUCGAGUGUAUCCAAAUGUUUGCAUCAUUCACAAAAUAAAGACUGCUCCAAUAAUUGUCACAGCGCCGCUGCCGAGCUGAAUAAAGCAUCAACAAUUCGUGAUUCGUGUGGGACUAAGGCAAAUAAGAAGUCAAAGGUAGACUGGACACCUGAACUACACAAAAAGUUUGUACAAGCAGUAGAGCAACUUGGGGUGGAUCAGGCCAUCCCUUCUCGGAUAUUAGAAAUAAUGAAAGUAGAAGGUUUAACCAGACAUAACAUAGCAAGCCAUCUACAGAAAUACAGAAUGCAUCGGAGGCACAUUUUGCCAAAGGAAGAUGACCGGAGAUGGCCUCAUCCUAGAGAUUCAGCACGAAAAAGUCAUUAUCUGCAGAAACCCGUCAUGGCCUUUCCACAGUAUCAUUCUAAUUAUAUCCACCCUGCUGGUCAUGUCUAUCCUGCCUGGAUGCCACCUGGAAAUUAUCCAAGUCCUGUCCAGACGUGGGGUUCACCUUACUAUUCUGGAUGGCAACCCACAGAAAGUUGGUAUUGGCAACCUUAUUCUGGGAUGCAUGCCGAUGCCUGGGGAUGCCCUGUGAUGCCAUCGCCUCAUGGAUCGUGUCUGCCUUCUCAUCAAAAUGCAAAUGGGUUUCACAAUGCUAAUGAAAUGCAUAGUAGAGUUGGCGUGCCUUCAUUUGAUAUAUAUCCGGAAGAGGAGAUAAUUGACAAAGUUGUUAAAGAGGCAAUUAGCAAGCCUUGGCUGCCCCUUCCAUUAGGCCUAAAACCUCCAUCAACUGAGGCUGUCAUCAAUGAGCUCUCCAAAAAUGACCUACCAAUCAGAUCCAAGUUUGAGAACAGGACAUGUACAGAGAUCCCCUGUAGUGCUGCUUUUCUUCACACAUGGUAG